ACGGAUGACCAUGGAAAUGGUUCAAUCACUACAGGAUGACAACGCAGUGGAUUCCAUGCCAGAGGAAGAUGCUGGGCACCUUCAGAAUCACCCAGGCCCAAGUCAGAUUUCCCCACGAUCUAAGGUACCAUCAGUUGCAGAUGAAUCUGCAGAAUCAAAAGGGAUAACUGAUUCUCAAAAACGUAGAGAAAUACUUUCACGAAGGCCUUCAUACCGAAAAAUUUUGAAUGAACUCUCAUCAGAUGUUCCUGCAGUACCAAAGAUUGAAGAAGAAGAUAAGUCAGAAGAUGAAGGAGCACCUUCUGGAAUUUCUGCAAUGGCCAUGCCAACCAGCCUGUAUCAUACUAACACAGGGCAAUACAUUGCUAUAGCUCAAGGUGGUGCAAUCCAGAUUUCUAAUCCAGCCUCUGAUGGUGUCCAUGGACUACAGGCGUUAACAAUGACAAAUUCAGGAGCUCCUCAGCCAGGUGCUACCAUUGUGCAAUAUGCAGGACAAUCACCUGAUGGCACACAAUUUUUUGUUCCUGGAAGCCAAGUUGUUGUUCAGGCUGCCACUGCAGACAUGCCAGCUUACCAGCUUCGAACUCCCACUACUACCUUACCUCAGGGAGUGGUCAUGGCAGCCUCACCAGGGACUUUGCAUAGCCCUCAGCAAAUGGCAGAAGAGGCAACACGCAAGAGAGAGCUGAGACUUAUGAAAAAUAGGGAAGCUGCCAGAGAAUGUCGCAGAAAGAAGAAAGAAUAUGUCAAAUGUCUUGAAAAUCGUGUGGCUGUGCUUGAAAACCAAAACAAGACUCUCAUUGAGGAACUCAAGGCCCUCAAAGAUCUUUAUUGUCAUAAAGCAGAAUAACUGUCUUUCAUUUGGACCUUGUUUAUUAUGAACCUUUAAUCAAGGCAUGAGAGGAAGCAAUUCUACAGAUUGCCAUAUGAACUUGAGAAAGAGACACUUGAGGCCCUUGUGGAACCCAGUUUUGCUUAGUGUUUUCAGACUGAUUUGGGAGAUAUUGCAAAAUUUGGAAUCCUAUCCUAGUCUCCAUACUCUGCUGAGCUUUCUAAUGGCAUGCAAAUGGCUUUUUUGUUUGCACUUUUUACUUCUGCUUUUUGCAGGGAAGCUGCUAAAGAAUGUCGACGUCGGAAGAAAGAAUAUAUACAGUGUCUGGAGAGUCGUGUUGCAGUGCUAGAAGUUCAGAACAAGAAACUUAUAGAGGAGCUUGAAACCCUAAAACACAUUUCCUCUUCCAAAACAGAUUAGUAAAAUUAUUUAUUAUACUGUGAACUGACUAAAAUAUGUCUGAUUGCUUUAUAAGGCAAUACAUAGCCAACAUGAAUUAUGCCUUUCUCUGUGUCAUUUAUAUUAUAUUCCAACUUUUAACAUUCCUGAAAUGCUUUCCUGCUUUUUGUCAAUUUGUAGCUAAUUUCAGGUUUUUCAUGCGCCUCCCUUCCAUCUCCCAAGGAGCCAAAUGUUAAAAAACUGUAAGAAAGUAAAAAAGCGUGUAAUUUCUAAGAGCUGUUUCUUUGCCAUGUAUUUGCAUACUACUUUAUACAUGUUACUGAGUGUCCUGCACAUAUGACAUAUUUUACAAUUGUUUUAGAUGAAUCAUAAAGAUAAUGCGUCCAGUAAUACAAGAAAAUCAAACAACCUAAGGUAUCUCAGGAAAGAGUUUAUAAAAGAAUGUUAUGAUUACAUAUAUGUACUAGCAUACUAGUCUACAGAUGAUUUUAUGGCAUAUUUUUAUAUUAGUUGCUUUGUGGAAAAAAAGUAUUGUAUUGCUGUCACUGACUGCCAUGGUUAAAGAUAGUUUUUAAUAGAACCCUCUUGUU